AUGGAAAAUCCGGAACCAACAGUACGGCAUGUUUGGAAUGGUCGAUGGGAGCAACAACCGGAACCGGACAAACAUAUCGGUGUAAUGUAUUUGAAGCAGGUCAUGACUAUCAUGAAAAUACCAAUACCAUUGACAUAUAGCGAUUUGCAAGCUCGACAGAUAGGGCCAGCUAUUGUUUAUAUGAUGUUUGAUUUCGGUUGGCUUGGCCGUGGAAUUGUUUUACAACAUAUUACGCCUGAAGAACCGCUCUUCCAACGUGCACGUUUUGUCAUGUAUUCAAAUCUUCCAAAAUUAUAUGCUAAUUUCUUUCUACUUUGUGAAGCAAAUCACUUUGAACGAGAUAUUUACAUUUGGAAUCAUAAAUGUUAUGCUAAACGACCAUUGCUAACGAAAAAUGAUGGUCCAAUUUUGAAACAUCGACGUUGGUACAAUCAAUUUUACACUGAUAACAGUCCACGUUUGGAAUCGGAUGGUACGCUUAGUAAUGAAGUGAAAUCAAUUUUUGAUUGGUGA